AUGGCGACGGCAGGAGGAGCCGCUGCAGCCAGCGGCGAGGACAAGAGCAACGGGGGCAAGAUCCCCGUACCCGUCUUCGAUGGCACGAGCAAGACCAUGAAGAAGCACCGCCGAGAGGUCGCCACCUGGCAGAUCGGGGCCGAGGUCAAGCCGCCCAAGCAGGGAGCGACCUUGCUGGCCAGCCUGAAGGGCAAGGCCGAGGAGGCGUGCGAGGAGCUCGACCUGGACGCCAUCAAGGGCGACGACUCGGUGGAGGUGUUCCUGGAGUGCCUCGGGAAGCGCUUUCCCGAGAUCGAGGUGCUGGAGACCCCAGCGCUGCUGGAGACCUUCGCGCGCCCGGCCUGCGUCCGGCACAAGUACGAGGAGAUCCGCGACUACAGCAACCGCUUCAACGGGAUCGCCACCAAGCUGAAGGCCAAGGGCAUCCAGGUGCCCGACGAGGUCUUGGCGGACCUGUACAUCAAGGGGGCCCGCCUGCCCCCGGAGCGCGCGGCGAGUGUGCUCAACGGUGUGGGCAACCAGUUCAACCCCACCAAGAUUCAGGAGCAGUUGAUGAUCAACUUGCCCAAGGUAUCGGUCGUGGACGGCAACAAGGACAGCCCGACAAAGGAGGCUACGGAGCGGGCGUACGCCACGGAGACCUACGAGGAGGAUCGUAGGGCCGAGUUCGACGGCGCGUCCUCAGACAGCUCCGACGACUACGAGGACGAGCUGCCCGACGAGCUGCAGGACGCGAUCGACGAGGCGGAGGAGCAGGUAGCCUUCUUCACCAAGAAGAUGGUGCGCGCCAAGGACAAGCUGAAGGAGGCGAAGCAGGCGCGCGGCUACUUCGCCAAGCGCGACGGCGACAACCCGCCGAAGAGAGACGAUCCCAAGAUCGCCAAGAUGAAGGCAAGGACACACUGCGGCGCAUGUGGCCAGAAGGGCCAUUGGCGCGGUGACCCGCAGUGCUCGAAGAAGAACGACCCUAACGCCAAGGCCGACAUCCCGAAGAAGGGAAGCAACAGGACGAACAUCGCCACGCACGAGACCAGUGACGCGCAGGAGCCUCACGUGGCGGAGAUGACGGUCGCGGCGGUCUACCAGCAGGACCAGCGGGCCGCAGCUCGCGACAGGAAGUACGGCGCGCUGCACAGCAUCGACGGGAUGCAGAUGCGCCAGGCCGCCGGGCUACCCGAAGAAGUUACGGCAGCGGCGUUCUUCAUCAAUAAGGACCACCAGUGCCUGAUGGCCGCGACGAGCUCGGCGCCUAUCUACCUCAGCGUCGAGGACCUGCUGAAGGAGUCGGGGGGCAAGCUGACCUUCGACGCGGCCUGCACGCGGUGCGUCGGCGGCCUCGACUGGUACAACGACAUCAAGACGAGGCUGGCCGCCUUCAACAUCCAGCCCAUCGAGUACCCCGAGAAGGAGCCGUUCCGGUUCGGGGCGUCGAAGGUGGUGCUCAGCCUCAAGGCGGCGCUGAUCCCCUGUUCGGUGAACGGCAAGGCCUUCACCGUCCGCAUGAGCAUCGUGCGCAGCGCCGUGCCAGGACUGUUCAGCCGCAAGGCCCAGAGCGAGCUGGACACAGUCUACCACGCCGGAGACAACAAGCUGGACAUCAAGUCGAUCGACGAGCACGACAUCCAGAUGGGCCUGAGCCGCGCCGGACACCCGACGCUGGACAUCGCAGGCUUCACGCCGAGCUACAAGCCCGUUUCGGACGUCUCGGAUGCCAAGGCCGAGAUUCGUCUCCACCCUUGCGCUUCUUACCACGCUGAGACAGCUGUGGCCAGCGCCGCCAAGCCGGCGGUGCCCGAGGCUCGCCACCAAGGGGUCGCCUCGGAGGCCGACGAGUCUCAGUCGGACACUGACUGCGACGCGCUCGAUAGCGCCGAACUGUUUGAGCAGCAGGUGCGCCAGGCCAUGGGCGCAUGCAUUCCAUCGACGACUACAUCCCAGGGCUUGGCAAGAAGAACAAGGAAGCUCCAGCAGCUGUGCUGGGACCGCCAGAUCGAGUUCGACCAGCGCACGACCGUGCUGGAGCUCAGGCAGCGCCUCAAGGGCUGGAAGGUCAAGGACGCGGCCAGCAGUGCCUCGGCAACGGUGGCUCAUCCGAGCUCACAGAUCACCGGGGCCGACAAGAUGCGCUUCGGCAAGUACCCCACGGCGGACUACCGCUGGGUGCUCAAGAACGACCUGGGUUACGCGCAGUGGGCGGUCCUGGAGCUCAACAGCAACCGGGCAAGCCCGCUCCUGGCGCGGUUUGCCAGGUGGGUCAAGGCGCACGGAGUGCAGCCCCUUCCCCAGGAGAAGGCCAAGACCACCUUGGAGGCAGUGAUGGCCGAGGAGGUGGUGCUGGACGACGUGUGGGUGGCGCCGGCGGCGACGACCACGAGGGCCUCAGCAAGCCAGGGGAGCUGGGCCGGGCAUCGGCGCCAGCGUCCUCCGGAGCCGCACGAGAUGGACACCAGCGACAUGGGCUUCGAGAAGGCGGGCGAGACCGACAGGGAGGACGGGUCGCCAGCCCCGAGGCGGCGGCCGGGCAUCAAGAAGGGCAAGCGCGUCGGCCUCCUCUACCAGGUCACGGGCUUGCUGAGCGCCUUCGCCUUUCAGACGGUGCUCACCGCGGACUGGCUGGCUAGACCUCUCAAGCCAGUGGUGCAGCAUGCUAGCUGUGCUGCGCGAGACGUGGUCGACCACGUCCAGAACGUCAAGGAGGCUUACAGCGUUCGCAGCCACCGCGUGGACGUCAUGCAGGCGUUCGGAGGCGAAGGCGGCAUCACCGAGGCGGCGUGGAAGCGCCAGAUGACGGCCACAGAGGUGAUCGACCGCAAGUACGGAUGGGACUUACGCGAGCAGAAGGACCUCGACGCGACGUACGACCUGUACUACGCCUCGAGGCCGAAGUUCGUGUCAAUCGAGUUACCCUGCACCCACUACACGAACAUCACGCACCUCAACUUUCGGGCGCCGCAGGCCAAGCAGGCGCUCCGGCGGAUCUGGAGGGCGGAGCGGCCGUUCCUUCUAUUGGCCCGCGAGCUCUUCAAGUACCAGCUCGACUCUGGCGACAUGGCCAUGAUCGAGAACCCGGCCACCAGCCGGCUAUGGACACAGCGCGCGAUUUUGGAGCUUUUGGCAGACGAGCGCGUGUACCAGGUGAGGCGCGACAUGUGCGAGUACGGAGCUCGACACUACAAGACGGGGGGACUCAUCAAGCACCCCACGAAGCUGCUCGUUACCCACAAGGAGUUCGAGCAGCUGAAGCGCACCUGCAGCCGCAAGCACCACGACCAUACCUUCGGGGACAACGCGGCGGUGCGCAAGUCUGGCGUUUAUCCUGCUAAGUUCUGCCGAGCGGUGGUACGCAUCGUGGAGCAAGUUAUUCGCCAGCAAGGCCCCAUGGGCGGCGGAGACGACUUCGCCGACACUCACGACGUGCGGGCCGAAGAUACUGUGGACGGCAGGAUCGGGGUCGGCGCGAUUACCUUCACAAAGAAAGCAGCAGCCUGCUGCAAGCCAGCCGAGCUGGCCAUGCUCAAGAGACUCCAUGUCAACUUGGGCCAUCCGUCUAAUGAAGAUUUGGGACGCAGCUUGCGACUCAAAGGCCCUAAGUCGGCCACCGUCCAGGCCGUCAAGGGGCUGAUCUGCGGGGUGUGCCGCUCGCAGCAGCGCCCGAGCGCGAGGAGACCAGCGCGCCCCCACUUCGUGCAAGAUUUUGGAGACGACGUCGGCUUCGACUGUUUCGAGCUCAAGGACGUCGACGGCAAGAGCUACUGGUACUUCAGUAUCGUCGACCUGGCUACCACCUUCCACGUCGCGACGCAGAUCGGUCGCCACACCGGCCAGGAGUUCGCCGCCGCGUUCGAGAGGUGCUGGGCCUCCUGGGCGGGCGUACCGGACCGAGUCCACUUCGACAUGGAGAAGGGGUUCGGCGGCGCCCUCAGCGAGCUGUUGCAGUCAUUCAACACGGUGCAGCUGCCCAUCGCCGGUCAGGCACAUUGGCAGCUCGGUCGCGUGGAACGCCAGGGAGCUUGGUGGAAGGAGCUCGCGGCGAGGACGAUCGAGCACUCCUCGAUCAGGGGCGAGGACGAGAUGCGGACGCUGGCCAUCAUGAAGAAGGAGCAGCGGGAGCAGCACAACCGCAACGCCAAGAAGGGCAUCUGGCGGGGGCCGUGCGUAGUCAUCGGCCACCAAGGCGAGAACACCUGGGUCUCGCUAGGAGGGCACACCAUGCUGGUGGCCCCGGAGCACAUCAAGGCACUCGCUCCGGACGACGUCUGGUUCCCGAACGGCAGGGACGAGAUCGGUCAGGCCGUGGCCGAGCUCAACCGGGCUCGCGACUCGCUCGAACAGGAAGAGGCUCCGGUGGAGGACAUCCUCCCGGCGCCUGGCGAGCCCGAGGUCAAGCCAGACGAGAUGGAGCAGGCGUGGCGGGAAUUUAUCGACAACCCGGACGACAGCGACCUCAGGCUGAACGUCUCCGAGGAUCCGCCCCAGCAGGAGCAGAUCCAGGUGCUGCCCGCCGACGUGCCGCAGCAAGCUGAAGAAGAGCGAACCUACGGCCCUGACGAGUUCCGACGACGUCGAGCUACCUUCGACGGAGGGGACAGCGGCGAUUUCGGCCCGGCCUUCAAGCGCCUCCAGACCGAGAGGGAGCACACAGGCUCUGGCGCCCUGCCCGCAAGGGCAACUUCGCGCGACCGCGCUGCGGCGCCCGAUCAAGAGGCAGCAUCCGGACCCGAAGCAGAAGGAGCCCGCCAACGUUCGAGGUCGGCCCCAAGACAAGUACUGCAAACCUCCAUCGUGACCGAGAGGAUCAAGCGCAAGCAGGCCGACAAGGAGACCCACUGGAGGGCCAUCAAGGACUCCGAUCGGGAGCUCUUCAGGGAGGCGGCCGCCAAGCAGUGGAGCGAGUGGCAGAAGUAUGGCUCUUGUCAGGUACUCUCCAUCGAGGAGUCCGAGGCGAUCAGGGGCAUGAUCAAGCCCAGCCUCAUCCUGCCCAGCCGGUUCGUGUACCGGGACAAGAACGCCCCGCUGCGGACCGACAAGCAUCCGCUGCCGGUCAAGGCGAAGGCCCGACUCUGCGUCGGGGGUCACAUGGACCCGCGCCUCGCUCAGGGCGACCUGCGGACGGACGCGCCCACGGUCACCCGCAACUCGACCAUGCUGUUCUUCACCAUCUGCCAGAGGUUCGACCUGGAGAUCUACGCGGCGGACGUGGAGGCGGCUUUCAUGCAAGGCGACGAGCAGCCCGACCAGCAGCUGUACAUGGCCCAGCCUCGCGAAGGUCUGCCUGGGCUCAACCCGAAGCAGCUGAUCAAAAUCCUCAGGGGAGUUUUCGGGCUGGCGACGGCACCGAGACAGUGGUCGGCGAAGCUCAAGAGGACCUUGCUCGCGGUGGAGGAGAAGCUGAGCGACAAAUACUUGUUUCGCCUACACCAGCACUCGCUGGACCCAGCGCUGUACUACGGCUACGACCAGCACGGGGAGCUCUGUGCGGUGGUGGUCGCCCACGUGGACGACUUGCUGCUGGGGAUCUCGCACAAGUGCCCGGGCCUCUACGACAGGCUUCACAAGCUGUUGCCCUGGGGCGACUGGCGAGGCUUGCCAUUUACCUUUUGCGGCAAGCAGGCCUGGCGAGAUCAAGAAGGAGUGCUACAUCUACGGCAGACCGAGUACGCGAACACCAUCGAGGAGAUUCCGCUCAGCAAGGAGCGCAAGACGGAACUGUCGUCAGAUGCUACGCCAGCUAAGUUCUCGGAUAACCGCUCCGCACUCGGAGCGCUCGGGCGGCUUUCAUCGCAGACUCGUCCCGACCUGGCAGCUGGAGUGGCCAUGGGGCAGCGAACCCAGAACAAGCCCACCAUCCAGGGCUUGCUCGAGACGAACAGGCUCAUCAAGCUGGCGCGGAAGCACGCGGACGUGGGUUUGGAGUUCCCUAAGCUACGUGGACCUCUGUGCCUGGUGACGUUCCACGACGACAAGAAGAUCAAGAUUCGCUCGCAGGCCGGCUACGUGACUUUUCUCGCA